AUGGGUAGAAACAAAUCAAAUGUGCCUCUAAUCGAGUUCUUAAAGAACCGUAUAUACUUGGGUGCUUUUGAUUAUACACCAGCCGACACUAAUGAGUUGGUAUAUUUCACAAUUGAAGAUGACUUACCAUACAAUGCAUUCCAUUUGGAUUUCGGACCUUUAAACAUCAGCUGUCUCUAUCGAUUUGCUGUUGUGUUGCACAAUGUCUUGAAUGACGAUGACAAUCAAGGCAAAGCAGUGGUGUUUUACAGUUCAACUUGCCCAAAACAACGAGCAAAUGCAGCUUGUUUGUUGUGUUGCUAUAUGGUUCUAGUUCAAUCAUGGGCACCUCAUCAAGUGUUACAACCCAUUGCUCAAUUUGAAGUUCCAUUUGCCAGUUUCAGAGACGCUGGUUAUUCCAAUGCCGAUUUUGAAAUCACUAUACAGGAUGUUGUUUAUGGAAUGUGGAGAGCUAAAGAGAGAGGAAUGAUUGACUUGACUUCGUUUGACCUUGCAGAAUAUGAACAAUAUGAACGAGUAGAUCAAGGAGAUUUCAAUGUUAUAACUAAAGACUUUAUUGCAUUUGCAUCACCGCAACAAAAGAAGCAUGCACCUCUUAAUGAGCCUUUUAAAAAAGUUUUGGAUUAUUUUACGCAAAACAAUGUUCAAUUGGUUGUUAGAUUGAACUCGCAUCUCUAUGAUACAAAGGAGUUUACAAAGAGAAAUAUUCAACACAUUGACAUGAUCUUCGAUGACGGAACUUGCCCAACACUCGAGUAUGUCCAGAAAUUUAUUGGGGCUGCAGAAUGCAUCAUAAAUCGAGGAGGCAAGAUUGCUGUUCAUUGCAAAGCUGGUCUAGGACGAACUGGGUGUUUAAUUGGGGCUCAUUUGAUCUACACACAUGGUUUCACUGCUAAUGAGUGUAUUGCUUACAUGAGGAUGUUGAGACCAGGUAUGGUUGUCGGUCCACAACAACACUGGCUAUACCUCAAUCAGAACUAUUUUAGAGAUUGGAGACACACAAUGAUUUUGGACAAUAGACCCGACAAAUUCAUUGGAAACUUGUUCCCCUUGUGUUCAUAUGAUGAUUUCAAGAAACGCAUGAAGGAAGCCAAGAGGCAAGCUCAAAUGGAACAGCAUUCAAAUCAAUUACAACUCAACUCAUCAUUUGUUGUUGAUUCAUCCUUCUCAGCUACUCCUAUCAGAAGACGCAAGAUUAGUAGCGCAUUGGCAUCGAAGAUUCAAACAGCCGUCCCCUCAAACGCUCCUGGACAACCAAGAAAGUACCUCGAAGAUGCCGGGGAUGAUAUAGAGCAAGAAAACCCAAGCAUUGAGAUGAUCAACAAUUCAGACGAUGAGAACGUAAUGCAAGAUGUAAUCAAGAGCUCACCAACACAAACACUGACGCCACAGAAUAGAAACUCGGAAUGGAGGGUAUUGCGGUCCAUAUCGGCAAAUUCGGCUCAACAGCAGCAGCAGCAGCAACAACAACAACAACAACCGGUACUGAUGACCAAAACUACAACCACAACCACAACGAGAACAGUUAGUACUACAAUGUCGUCGUCGUCGCCAGGGGCUUCUCCCACUAACAACUACGGUGGAUUGAGGAUGACAAAGUCUCGUUCUUCUCGACCACGUGUGAGUCUGGGUGGUGGAGGCUCUAAUCAGGGGUCAAGAGUGCAUUCUGGGGGAGUAAGGAAGAUUAGUGGGAAAAAAGUGUAA